UUGGGGAAAUUUUUUUUGUUUGCUUUUGUCUUUCCUAAUUGAGCUGCGGACAUGAAGACCUUCUGCGGCAGAGCGAACCCGACCACCGGAGCUCUGGACUGGGUGGAGGCAAGCGAGGAGUACGACUACCACCAGGAGAUAGCCAGAUCCUGUUACGCAGACAUGCUGCACGAUCAUGACAGGAACAUUAAAUACUACGAGGGGAUCCGAGCGGCCGUCCGCAGGGUGAAGGCUCGCGGGGAGAGGGUGGUGGUCCUGGACAUCGGGACGGGGACCGGCCUCCUGUCCAUGAUGGCCGUCACCGCAGGAGCCGACCGCUGCUACGCCGUGGAGGUUUUCAAGCCGAUGGCGGAAGCUGCUCAGACCAUCGUGAAGAAAAACGGCUUCUCCGACAAAAUCAAGAUCAUCAACAAACACUCGACAGACGUCACGGUGGGAGAAGAUGGAGACAUGCAGGAGAAAGCCAACGUCCUGAUCACCGAGCUGUUUGACACCGAGCUGAUCGGAGAAGGAGCGCUGCCCAGCUACGAGCACGCUCACCUCCACCUGGUGCAGGCGGGCUGCGAGGCCGUCCCUCACCGGGCCACCGUCUACGCCCAGCUGGUGGAGUCAGAGCUGCUGUGGAGCUGGACUCAGCUGCAGCCCCUGCAGGUGGGGGAGGGGGAGGGGGAGGGGCAGAGAGGGGCCCGCCUCCUGCCCCCGCCUGCCCUCACCCGCUGCGCUGGGGCCCACUCGGUCUGCGACAUCCAGCUCAGCCAGGUGCAUCCUGGGAGCUUCACGGCACUGAGCCCCGUGUGCACCAUGUUCAGGGUGGACUUCAGUAAACCGGUCAGCACCUCCCCCCAGUCUCACUCCUCCCACUUCCUGGUUGAGUCCAGCGGGCGGGCUCAGGUGGUCCUGUCCUGGUGGGACCUCCACAUGGACCCUGAGGGACACAUCGUGUGCUCCAUGGCCCCCAGCUGGACCUACCAGGACCCCAGCAGCGCCCCGUGGAGGGAUCACUGGAUGCAGAGCGUCUACUUCCUGCCCGCCGAGCGCAGCGUGACGGCCGGCGAGGAGCUCAGCCUGACCGUCUGCCACGACGACUACAGUCUGUGGUUCAGUGUGCAGCCCCGCAGCUUCCAGACGGAGGCUCCGCCCCCUCGGCCCUGCUGUACCUGUCAGGCGCACCUGAUCUGGAACCGGCCGCGUUUUGGCGAGCUGAACGACCGGCGGCGGACGGAGAGCUUCGUCAGCGCCCUGCGCAGCGUCCUGACGGAGGACAGCGUCUGUCUCAGCGUCAGCGACGGGAGUCUACUUCCUGUGUUCGCUCACGCACUCGGAGCCAAAAAGGUGUUCGCAUUGGAAAACUCCAGAAUGUCCAAACAGGUCGUCCAGCAGUUUUUAGAGUCGAACUCGAUGUCCGGAGGAGUCGACCUGUUGGAGAUCAGACCUGAGCAGCUGAGCAGUAAAGAGCUCGGAGGAGAACAGAUCUCCGUGCUGAUGGCCGAGCCGUACUUUAGCACCAGCCUCCUCCCCUGGCACUCGCUCUUCUUCUGGUAUUGUCGCACGGCGCUGUCCGGCCUCCUGAAGCCCGGCGCCACUGUCCUGCCAGGCUCCGCCUCCCUGCACCUGCUGGGGGUGCAGUUCCAGGAUCUGUGGAGAAUCCGAGCUCCGUGUGGAACCUGUGAGGGCUUCGACGUCUCCCCCAUGGACCACAUGGUUCAGCACUCCCUGGAUUUCCGUGAGUCUCGGGAGGCGGAGCCUCACCCCCUGUGGGAGUACCCCUGUCGAGCCCUCACCGACCCCUCCCCCGUCAUGACCUUCGACUUCACACAGUGCCUACCUCAGCAGCCAGUCAGCAGCCAGGGCUCCCUGCCCUUCAUCAGAGAUGGCCGUUGCCAUGGCGUCGCCUUGUGGAUGGAGUACCAACUCACCAAAGACAUCAGAGUCAGUGCGGGCCUGAACGGACCAAUCAGUGAGCAGGGCGCCUGCCAGUGGACCCGACACAGGAAGCAGGGCGUGUACUUCCUGCGGACGCCGUGGGAGAGUUCAGGCGACGGCAGCGCGUCGCUAACGUACAGCCUCACCUUCCAGCCGCAGACCGGAGACAUCAGCGUGGACUUCGGCGUCUCGUCUGAGUGAGACAGGACAUUCCGUCACCGCGCUGCGGUCCUCAUUAGCGUCAAACUUUAAAUGAAGAACUAACAGGAUGCGCUUAAGGUUUAUCAAGUUUUACUGGUGGUUGCAGUUUCUAUGUAGAUGAAGUAGUUUUUUUUUUGUUUGUUUUUUAAUAAACUAAGAUGGUUUGAGUCUGAGUAAAAAUACUUUAUGAAUGUGAAGACUGAAAGUGUCCGAGUGCAGCUGGCACAUUAAAUGAAACAACUACUCACA